AUGUCCAACACUUUAUUUGACGAUAUCUUUAGCGUUUCCGAUGUCGACCCAGGUCGUUACAACAAAGUUUCCAGGAUUGAAGCUUCUUCAACCACUCAAGAGCAAUGUAAAUUGACUUUGGAUAUCAACACAGAUCUAUUCCCGGUUUCUGUUCAAGACCAAAUCACUGUCGCCGUUGUCACUUCUCUGUCUGUCGAUGGUAAUGGUGAAAAUGAUAAUUCAGCUGGUAGAUCAUGGAGACCACCACAACCAAAUGAAAGAUCAUUAGCUGAUGAUUACGAUUAUGUUAUGUAUGGUACUGCUUACAAGUUUGAAGAAGUUUCAAAGGAUUUGAUCGCAAUUUACUACUCCUUCGGUGGUUUAUUGAUGAGAUUGGAAGGUAAUUAUAGAAAUUUGAACAAUUUGAAACAAGAAAAUGCAUACUUAUUAAUCCGUCGUUAA